AUGGCUAUACGAGAAAACCCCAUCUUCAAGACCAAAGAAUCCAUAUUCACCAUUUCAGUGGUGACAUUUGAAGCCAUCCUGAUUUGUAUAUUGGAAGGCAUUGUUAUCAUGAACCAUUUAGGUCUUGUCAGUAACUGUAGUCCAGAUUCGGCAGGCAUAGGUGUCAGUGAAUCUGAUCUGAUUUACCAUUCACUGUUCAUUAUCGCUCAAGUCUUUCAAGUUGUGUUGUGUGCUGAUGCCUUGUAUCAAAGAAAUACAGCUCAACUUUGUGCUUUGAUCACAUUUGGUCUCCUGGUCGUAGGCUUUAGCUAUGCUGGCAUUCAACUUGAACAGCAUGUUAUUCUGGAAGACGCUGUAUGUGGCAAUGAAGAUUUUUGGAAACCUGUGAAUGGUCGCUGGCAAGCCAAUUUGUUUGGUAUGGACGCAGCCAAAGACUUUUAUCGCAGCAUCAUGCGACCCAUUGAAUACACCAUCAUCGGCAUGAUCCCCUUUUUCUUUGUCGUAUUGGCUUUCUUUGGCUGGAAGUUGCGCAAACAAUUUGCUUGGGAUAAUUACAGAAACUUCUCUGCUGACAUGAGAAUUCGUAACGCACUGAUCAUGACCAGCCUCUUGUUGACGCUGCUGAAGCUUGAUUUCUUCUUUGUCUUUUCGUUUGCAGCACAAUUGAUUCCAUCUCAAAAACUAGGCUACGACAAUACCAUUACAGAAACUGUGUUGGUGUUCGUUUUGGGCGGCCUUGGGUUAUCACUCGCAUUGAUUGCAGUGUAUAGAGAGAACAAGUAUGCCAUGAUGACCUUCAUUGUUGGUGGAUUGGCAUCUAUUGGUUACUUCAUUUACAGAAUUGUACUGAUUGCUCAACCACGUCCUGCCGACGCUGAUCCCUAUGCUCAUACUCGUCAGUUCUUGAUCUUUACUACUGUGGUAGCAGCAGCGCUGAUCUUAAUGACGGUGGUUGUCGCAUGCAAAUGUUUCAUCAAUGUCAACAACAAUGUGUUUAUCUUUAAAGACAAGACCUUGCCCAAGAACAAGGUGUAUGGAAAUGAACAAACCGCCAUUGAUCAUGAGAGCGUGGAUGACUACGAGAUGAGUGGAAAUCCAGUAAAUGCCAGCAAAACUUUAUUAGAGACAGAUAACACCAAGUCAAAGCCAGUUCAUAAUGAAAAUAUGUGGUCAAUUGAAUAA